AUGGCUUUGCAUAUGAUACACGAAAAUGGGUAUUCAUAUUACAUAGAAAGGGUAGAGAACAAUGUAAGAUAUGUUCAUUGUAGCUGGCGGAUUAGAAAUCAAUGUUUCGCUCAAGGCAUUAAAGUCGCUGAUCAACCGUUAAAUUUAACCAUUGAUCAAAAUCAUCGAAUUGGUCAAAUCUACAGAGACAGAAUUUAUUUUCGAAAUGAAUCAAGACAAGCUGCAGCUACAAGCUUCUUACCAGUCCGGGAAAUUUAUAACGAUUUAUCAACUCGAAAUCCUGAGGAAGCGCUUAUACUGCCUUUCAAUACAGUAAGCAGGACAAUGAGGGAUAUACAAAAUCGAAUAAGACUACCUAUUGUUAAUACUUCCGGAGAAUUGAUUAACACGUUGUACAACCGAAAUUUUGCAUCUCUUCGUCAAUAUGAUCGAAAACACUCAAUCCAAUUUUUUAAUGUAUCAAACGAUGCUAUGGUAAUAAGUGUGCCAAGAUUGAUGUCAUUAUUAUCAUUCAACACUUUAUAUAUUAGCUCUACGACAAGAUCAGUACCUGCUAUUAAUAACACACGUUUACUUACGUAUGUUUUGGCAGAGUUCAGACAUCAUGUUUUUCCAAUCGCUUUUAUUUUGUGGGCUAGACGAAAUGACGAAAUUUGUGUGAAUGUUGUCAACAUAUUAACACAAUUGACGCAACCUAAUGUCAUUAUUGCGAUUUACUCAGAUUUUGAUCUAGUACCUUACCUUGCUAAUGCUUUCGUUGAAAGUCGCGUGACUGCUACAUAUGACAGCUACUGUCACAUUUUAUACCAAAGAGCUUUGGAUUUGGAUGUCCAGCCGCAUUUAAAUAACCAUGAUCUUUUUUUGCGCAACUGCAUGAAUAUAAUUCUCUUACCAGAAAACCUCAUUCAAAACACAUUUAAUGAAAUCAUAAAUAAUUUUAAUGCACCUGAGCUAGAAGAUUUUUCAAAUUACGUAAGAGAUGAGUGGAUUAAAUAAGAAAAUUUUAUUAGCAUGUUCAAUAACGUACCAGCAAUUAACAACAUAUUUGUGUUGUUUUCAAAUAUCAUUCAUCAUCGUUUCAACGAAAAUUCAAGUGUUGCAGAAUUGAUUAG